AUGAUGAAGUUUAUUGCAACGCCGGUUCUGCGAAGAUACUCGCUCAAUGACAAGCGAUGGCUGGAAUUCUUCGUGGACGGAGUGAAGGACAUUACCUGGAACACGAACGCCUUUGACUCCUUGGUCCUACCUCGCACACAACAGGGUCUGAAGGAGCUGAUUCUUGCAUUCGCCAAAGCCCACUCGAAGGAGACGGACUCCUUUGACGAUGUUGUUCGGGGGAGGGGCCGUGGUGUCAUCAUCCUUCUCAGUGGUCCUCGGGGGUGGGAAAGACUCACAGCGGAAAGCGUUGCAGAAGUCAUGAAAGUGCCUCUCUACAUGCUGAGUGCCGGUGAGCUGGGAAAAAAGGCUUCGACGAUUGAAGACAGACUCAAGGAUGUGCUUAGCAUGAUUCCGAAAUGGGGGGCGGUUCUCCUCAUUGACGAGGCCGACGUCUUUAUGGAAACCCGCAAUGGAACCGAUCUGCAGAGGAAUGAACUGGUAUCCAUAUUCCUAGUACUACCAGGGCAUCCUCCCAUCCUCUUCCUCGCCAGUAACCGCGCUGAACAUAUUGACCGUGCCUUCGAAUCCCGUAUCGACGUAUCUCUUCGCUACCCCGAUCUCGACGAGACAUCCCGCCGCCAGAUCUGGUCCCGGUUCAUCGAGAGCGCGAAAGGCAGAUCAUUCUCGGAUGAAGUCGAUAUUUUAUGGAGGACGCUAUGGAAAUCGUUCUGCCUUGUGCUGUAA